AUGUCAGUAAACAACAACAACAACAACAACACCACAGAGUUGAUUAUACGUCAACUAAAUCAAGCCAAACAAUUGGGAAUCACCCAACCUGAAACAUUUGUUAGGGUCUAUAAACAAAUCUUACCCAUUAUAAACAAUAAUCAAUCAUAUGCCAUCAAGCAUUGGGGUAUUGAUCUCAUUUAUGAGACUUUUAUCAAAAAUAUUUAUCAAAUACGAAAUGUUGAUAAAGUAGAUCUUGCUAUUGACUCUCUUGAAACUUUGACUAUUCUCAUGAAUAUACCUAUAACUAUCCAACAACAACAGCAGCAGCAACAACAACAGCAGCAACAACAACAACAACAACAACAACGGCAAGGUGGUCAAGUUAGAGAAGGGCACGACGUUGAGACUUUUGGCAAGUUGAUUGAUAUCUCAUUGAUUGUUUACAAGUUGGCUUUCAAAUACAUUAGUGAAAAUGACGGAUGUAAUUCACUUUGGAGUAAAUUGACGGAAUUGAAAAACUCAUUGGUUAACAAAUUCCAAUCCAAUUACCCACUAAGUCCAUCAGAUAGUAGUGAACAUGAUUUAAUGAGAAAUAUAAUCACCAAACUUGACCUUUUAAAAUUCUUGAUGACGGUGAUUGAUUUCCAAUCAAAGACCCUGGUUAUUGGUGAACCAAUUUCCAAACCUGGAUUUUCAUUAAAUGAUGUACCACCAGAUCAUUCAUUGAUCAAGUAUGAAAAUAUGGAAUAUGAGUCGCGACAAUUGUUGACAAUGGUUUUAAAAGUGUUUUAUUUGGAUAUUAUUAUACCACCAUUGGUAACUGCCACUUUAAACCACUGUAUAAUCAUAUUAAAAAAGAAACCUCAAUUGGCAAUGCAAUUACUAGCAGCAGUUGAACAAUAUGAUUCCAACUCGAAAAAGCAAUCAAAUUACCAAUCAGUCGAUGAAUUCAAAUUGGCAAGAAAAUAUGUUGAUAGAAAUAUUAGAAUCUUUCUCACUUAUGCAAAGAGAAACUCAUUGAUCCCACCCAAUAUGAAACCUGCACUCGAAGGUCAGAUUUCUGUUUUAACUGAAAGAGGAGUUGAUUUGAGAAAGAAACAUGUACUUUCCAUUGAAGACAAGAGUAUUAAAAAGAGACCAUUUGAAGGAUUUCAUAAUCCUUCGAAAAAGAUCAAGAUUAUGGACUAUAAACACUUGUAUACUCUCAAUGAUCCAGCCGAUAAAUUGAAUGAGUUUGAUUUUAGCACUGUCCCAGCACAAACUUGUGCUAGAGUGGUGGUGAAUGCAUUGCAGAAGGCAUCGGUAUCGAGAUUGACCAAGGCAUUGGAAAUUGUUGGUGAUCGAUACAAGGCAGCUCUAGUUCAACCAAUUACUGUAAAGCAAGAAAAGUUUGAUCCAUUGUAUGCUAAUGGUGUAGGACCAGAUGUUAAUGCUAAUGCUGGGGCCAUCUCAGUGAAGAAAGAGUUUCCUAAUGGCAACGAAGACGAUGAAGAUGAUUUCGGUGAUUAUGACAAUGAUCAACAAGAGGAUCCAUCCUUCACUUUAGCGCCACCAGUGGAAUUAUCAUUUAAUGAAAAAAAGACCCACGUUUCAAUUAUUAUUGACAAUUUCUUCAAGCUUGCAAAAAUUAACAACAACAGUACCACCCCAACAAAUGAAACCACCAAACCUGAAGUCAAGCUGGAACACCCUGACUCUAUAAAUAAAGUCCUAACCGAUGUUGCUAUCAAAUCAUUCAAUAAAGAUACUUGGGUCCUCCUUUUAACAAGGUUAGCCACUAGAGGCAUGAGAACAAUUGCUGAGGAAGAUGGAGUCGAGGACAAGGUCCCCGAUGAUCAAAAUAAACAAGAUAUGGGAACCAUGAUCCGUGACGCCAUUUUCAAGUAUUUUAUUGAAAAUAUUCAUGAUCGGGUCGACGUUGUUAUUGAAUGGUUAAAUGAAGAAUGGUUUAGUGAGCAAACGUUUCAACAAAAUAGAAUGAAACAGCUGGGGAAAACUGAGACCAAUGUCAAUGGAAAUGGCGCUGGAGGAGGUACUACUGACACUACUGGAGCCGGUUCCAAACUCUUGCUGUCACAAGUACCUACCCCCAUCUACUACAAAUGGGCAAACAAAGUACUCGAUUCAAUGAUUAACUACUUGGAACCAAAAGAUAAGCGUAUUUUCCUCAGAUUGCUUAGUGAUUUACCAAUGUUGAAUGAAGAAAUGUUGACCAAGAUUAAAUCGCUUUGUUUUGAUCCUGCUAGAUCAAGUAUUGGAUUCUUGUCAUUGCAAUUCUUGUGCAUGUAUCGACCUCCUGCAAAGAGCAUUUGUGUCAAGAUUUUAAACGAGUUGAGUGAGAGUGAUCAAGCUGAUGUGAGCGAGGAAGCCAAGAGGAAGUUGAGUAGACUAUGA